AUGCCGUCCUUAAUCAGUACCAAGUUCCAACUGCCCGCUCUCGACCUCAAGUUCGGCUCCUUGACCGAGGGCACCGAUAUCCCGCCGCCGCUGCCUUCGCCCAUACAAGAGGAGCAACCCACCACUCCUCAGCCAUCAGCCGAAGAAGCCGCCAAAGCCUCGACCGCGACCAACGGCACCCAGACUUCGCCAGCUGCAGUCAGGUCCAACGGCAACAAGCAGUCCGCUGAGAACGUGCCUCUUCCUUCGUCACCAACCUCGGUCAGGACCGGACAGGGUAGCAUUCGACGUUUGUUGAGCCGUAAUCGACUGGACUCGGCCUAUGCUAACGGAGAGACCACAGCAGGAGAUGCUGGUUUAAAUGCUCUCAAGAGACCGGACAGCCGACCAACCAGCCGCAGCAACGCCAGCAUUACCACCGAAAAGCAGUCCAAACGAGCAUCUGGAUUCUUUCGCCGUUUCCGGAGUUCGCAUGAUGCGACAGACACUGCUCGGCCAAGCAGACUUUCCACCUCGAACGAGAACGAAAAGCCCUCCAUCACCAGUCCCAAGUCAAGGGGUCCGCCGCCGCCCAUGAUCCCCGAAUUCAAGGCCCUUGGGUCCAAGGUUGACCUUGAAGGCGAAGGGGGAAGUCUGGGAGAGGAUCUCUUCAAGAAUAUAAAGUAA